GAUGCAGGGGGCAUAGAAAAAGAGAGGAAAUCGACGAAACCAACAACGGAUUAAUUCCUGCUUAAACUGGGAUAUUAUUAAGAUUACAUCCGAUUAGGCUACUUUGAUUAUUAUGUACGUUUCCGUUUCGCACAAGAAUAACCGUAUUGGCAAAACAGAUCGGUUCAUUUACAAAUCCCGCUAAUUCCAGAUUGGUUUAACCAAUUCGCUUGACAGCAUUGUAUUCCCCUCCCCUCUUUUGCUUGCAUCCGGAGUAAAAAGCCUACUAGGACACAACGUAGCAUAGAACAGUGACUAAAAGACGAUUUAGUGGUGCGAUUGAUAUCCAGUGAUGAAGCUCGGUGAAGACAUGCUCAAACGCAAUUAACAAUGAGGAUUCCGUCUCAGUUCUGUCUCGUUUAGACCGCCUUCAUCCCCCGUUUUGGCCAUGAUCUUCAUGCGCAUUCUGCUGCAGUUGUCAGUACUCCUGGUCCAGGGCAGUUGGCGGGGGGUCGAGCCAAGCCCCACCGAUGAAGGCGCACUGCGGGCCAGCCACGGAGAUCAUGGAGAACCGGGUCAUAAGGAGCCCCAUAAAGACUCGUAUAGUACUUUCGCCUCGGAGUUCCUGGAGUCUAGAUACCUGUCGGAUGACGGCUAUCCCUUCCCUACUGCCCCUCCUGUGGAUCCUUUUGCCAGGAUCAAAGUCACCGACUGCGGGGUCACCAAGGGAUGCAUUAGGUAUGGGAAACCAGGGUGUGAUGCAGAGACAUGUGACUAUUUCAUGAGUUACCGGCGGAUCGGGACGGACGUGGAGUUUGAGAUGAGUGCUGAUACUGAUGGCUGGGUGGCUGUGGGCUUCUCUUCUGACAAGAAGAUGGGCGGAGAUGACGUGAUGGGCUGUGUCCACGACGACAACGGGCGUGUACGUAUUCAUCACUUCUACAACGUGGGACAGUGGGCCAAGGAGAUCAAGAGGAACCCCGCCAGGGACGAAGAGGGGGUGUUCGAGAACAACCGGGUGACCUGCCGUUUCAAACGGCCGCUCUACGUCCCCAGGGAGGAGACCCUGGUGGACCUGCACCUGUCCUGGUACUACCUGUUCGCCUGGGGGCCUGCUAUACAAGGUUCCAUCACGCGCCAUGACAAUGAUGCUCCACCAGUCUCAGAUCACAUGAUCAGCAUCUAUAAGUAUGAGGACAUCUUCAUGCCGUCUACAGCCUACCAGACAUUCUCCUCCCCCUUCUGUCUGCUCCUCAUAGUAGCACUGACCUUCUAUCUGCUGAUGGGCUCACCUUGAGAGAGGAGAGGAGCCAGCAAUUAGAGGUUACACCGCCUUUCCAUCCGCAACACCCUGAAUGCCGGGUGCUCUUUACACAGAAUUAUACUUUAUAUGCCUCUGUAUAUUCACAAUCAUAAAACCAGGUGGGUCGAACAUGAACUGCUGAUUGUCUGAAAACCGUGGGAAAAUAUGUUGCAUACCACUGGCAUGACAAACAGAAAAGGUUUUACUGUUCUAAUUUCUUCAGUAUACAGUUUAUAAUAUCAAAGGCACUUUGGGAGGUUGUGCUGUAUUGACCAUAUACCACACACCCUUGUGCCAUGUUGCUUAAAUACACAAUAGGAUACUAUAUAAACUUUACAUUGAGAACAGGUCAGAAAGCUUGCAAAUUAUAUUGUUUUGCAAAAAAAAAAACUACACUAACCCAUUAGUCAGUACAUCUAAAAAACUGUAGGUGUUUCUAGAGUACAGUAGCAUAAACUUAUGGCAUUUAAUUUGGCUUACUUAUUUUUAAGAACAACACGGCAUGGUAUUACACACCUGGCAGCGAGUAUCACCCCAAAGCAUGUGUGGAAUUACACUCAAUGACUCACCACUGGUCCCUGAACAUUGGAAUAAUGUAACAUACUCUAUUUUACACUGUGACUGGAGAGACUUCACUUAAAGAGAGAAACAUUGAGAUCAUGUCCUGGGCCAAUGGGAAGCAGAUAGCUCAUUGUCUUCUAUUCUGCUGAUACAUACUGUUUCUAAAUGGUUCCCGUUGUGCUUUUUAUGUACAAUACUGGGCAAUAUAGUAUUAUUACAUUGUUAUUGUUUAUAGUAUUACUAUACAGAAACUAAGACAAAGAUGUUUUAAUGUUAACAUUUCAGAUUUGUUUAAAAGAAUUGUCACUGGGGUAAACUGAACUGUAUAUUCCUCAAUGCCAUUUGACAUACAGAUGAUAAAAACAGGACUGAGUUGUACUGGCACGGUUCUAUUCUUUACGUUCCCUAAAUCAUUGUGUUACUGGGAAAUGCUUCCCUACUGAAACAAUGUCUACCAUGCCAGUGUUUGUUAUCAAUAAAGAAAAAAUAUAUAUA